AUGCGGGCAUUCCCUCUCCUCGCCCUGCUCGUUUAUCUCAUUCCUAGCCUGUUCAUUCUCGCAGCACCUCUUGAUGGGCGAAAGGGAAUCGCUACCGUUGUGGUUCUUGAAGGAAGAGAUGAACCUACGAGUACCACCACACCAGACAGUUCGUCUGAUAGUACAGUGGCAACCGCAACAGGUACCGCGACAACAACGCCAUCAACAACAGGGACAGUCAGUGCUACUUCGUCGUCGAAUUCAACCACACCGGCUUCGACAACGAUAGCAUCGCUCAACACGUCCACUGCAUCUAAGAAUGGUACGGAAAAUGAAUCGAAGCACAGAAAGCCGGGCGAUCUUCCCCUCCCGCCCAAGAUAACGCCUGCACUGGGUGUCGGUGGUUUCGUUUUGAUAGCUUUGGGUGCAGUUCUGGCACUGGUAGGCAUCAGGAAAAUAUGGGUGCAAGUCUUUCUAUCCACGGCCUGCCUAACCAGUUUGGGUGUCACUGUUUUGAUUGUUUAUGUGAUGAACCCUCCUGUCCGAACUGCAGUGCAAGGUGCCUACCUCGUGGCUAUAGUCUUCACAGGAAUCACAUUUGGAGCACUGUCUGUCGUAUUCAAAGAACUGACAGAAGGUCUUGGGUGCCUUCUCGGAGGAUUUUGCCUUAGCAUGUGGCUCCUAAGCUUAAAGCCAGGGGGUCUUCUCACAGGAACCGAUGCCAAGAGUGGAUUCAUCGGUGCUUUAUCUGUGGCCUUUUAUGCUCUAUCUUUCAGUCACUACACUCGUCCUUACGGAUUGAUUGUAGGCACUGCCAUCUCUGGAGGCACGGCGGUCGCAUUGGGAAUUGACUGUUACAGUCGUGCUGGCCUAAAAGAGUUCUGGCUCUACAUUUGGUCUCUGAAUGACGACAUCUUUCCAUUGGGAACAAACACAUACCCAGUGACUCGCAACAUCCGUGUUGAACUUGCCGUGACGGUCAUCGUCGCUCUGCUGGGCAUUGUCUCGCAACUCCGCCUGUGGAAGGUAAUCCGAGAACGCAGGCGAAAUGAGACCAAGAAGCGAGAAGAGGAGCAGAGAAAGAAUGAUGAAGCCGAAGCCGAAGCCGGAAGGCGCCUGGAAGAAAACAACAUCAGAGAACGAGCAGAAUGGGAGGCCAAGUUUGGCAAUGGAGAAGCCAAGGAUAUCCCAGAACUCGCAGAUGAGUCUAAAAGAUACCCAGAGAUGGAAGUCGGCGAUUUGGAGAAGACUCAAGAGGUGGAAAUCGAAAGCGUUGCAACCUCUCAAAGAUCCUAUCGUUGUUCCGACUGCAGAGAACGAGAAGCGAACGGUGACGCGGCUUCGGAUCUGUCUGGAGCUUCUGGAGACACUCAAGCACCACACCACGAUGACCAGGAUGGAGAGGACGGCGUGGCCCCAGAAAAUGUACCAGGUGAGACGCCGCUGCCAUUCAAAGUGUUUGAUGGUGCAGCUGCAGCCAAGAUUAAAAAUGACGACGAGUCAGAUGCUACGGCCAUCGUUGGCUCUGAUGUCGGAUCAAUACGCUCAAAGCGGUUUUCCGGAAUGUCGGGUUUGAGAAGGAUGUCUGUCCGAAGCGGUUACCACAACAAACUUGCCUCUCAAUCCCAAGAAGCACUUGUUGCUUCCAAAGAUGGAGAUGAUAGCUCUUCAACACAAGGUGUUCCGGACGAUGAUCUUGAGUCGGGAUCUAAUCGUUCCAGUAUGCUGUCGGAUGAUCAGGCAAAGAGGAAUUCCGCAGGCGGAGAAACCGUUGCCAAUGGUGGUGAUACUAAAGAGCCAUCUGCCAAAGAUGACGCUCACCAGGAGCAAGAUGAUCCCAAGCAGAAAGAUUCUGGGGAAGAGAAAAAUGCCGGCCGGGGAACCGACCAGCUAGGAAGCUUCUUCACAGCGGAAGCAACAGCAAAAGAAAAACAACCUAAUAGCAAAAAUGGGUCUCAGAAAGACAGAGCUGAAUCCCAAAACCAGAAAGACGGGUCUACUCCAACAACAAAGGAGCCGGAAUCUAGUCCCUCGCAUCCGGAGCAAGAAAACUUACCGGGAGAAGCCGACUCGAAGGAAACUCCAGAAACCACGCAGCAUAAUUCUGAGGAGCAGACAGGAACUGGUGCUUCAGAUACAAAGACAACUGGCCUUGUCGAUCAGCGAAAGUCAUCUGGAUCGAAAACAAAAUCCAAAAACAAACAAAAGAAAGAAGAAAAGCCCGUGCUAAACUCAGAAACAGUAAAGCACAUACCCGAGAGGACGUCCAGGGUGGUUCAAUCCUAUCGCACAAACGAAUGGGCGAAACAUUUGUCUGACGCCGAGUUCAUGGAUCCGGAGCCCAUCCAUCCGAUAGAAGAAGACCAGCCGGAGGUCCCUGUGGAAACCGAGGAACCUCCUGCACCGGUGAAUGUCAAGGAGUUGCUGCAAACGCCGCUGAAUGCGCAGCCGCCUCCUGCUGCCAUCGAAACCCGCCGUGUCUCGAUCGGUAAAGAGCCAUUGAGCCCGGGGGCAGAUCGUCGAAUGUCCAGUACUUCUCAGCUGCCGCAGAAUGAGCUCCUCCCGUCGAAUUCGAUGAAACACCCCAGACCUGGCCUCGUCCGAUCCCCUACCCAGCGAUCCGGCGCUUCUUCCGCGUCUUCGAACUAUCCACGAUCUCCACCUCUCGCAGCUCAGUCAUCACAAGACCUCAUGAAUGCGAUCCCUAGUGCUUCCAACCCAUUCCUACCGGCCACGGCCGAGGCCAACCGGGUUGAGCCUAAAUGGAAAGGACCGCCCCCUCUCCUGGCAGUGCGGGAGGACAUGAUGCGCACUCGAGUAUCAUCUACCUCGUUGACUAUUGACCCCUGGCUUUCGCGCGGUCAUCACAGACAGUCAGCCGAUGCCACUCCGACCUCACCGACCUUCCCAAUUCCAGAGGAGGGUGAUAAUGUACCACUCUCCCGACGUCGUGCAAUGUUACACCGACAGAACAGCCAAAACCCACCGGCACACGUUCCUCAGCCAGCAAGACACAGUCAAGUCCGGACCGCCAGCCCGGUGAACCCCCACGCUGUCAUGGCAGCCUGGCGAGAAUCUGUGCGGGAAGAUCUGACGCAAAAGCAAAACCCGCUGGGUUUGCAGACUCCCACAUCACCGAUUGAACGAACUCCCUCACCAUUCGGACAGGCACAGCGGAACUCGUCGGUCAACAUCGGGAACGCGAUCGCCGAAGGAAUGCAGCGAGGUGACAUGACUGACCUGCAUCGGGAAGCCAUGCGGCGGAUGCAAGCCAGCGCCAUGCGACGCACCCCACCGCAGGAGGAGUAA